CUUCUAUAGGCACAAAUCUCUCACUGAUUGUACAGACGGAUGAGUCUUGGCGGGGAAGGAGCGGUGGUGGUGAAGAGAAAAGGCGGAGAGAUGGAUCGGAGUACUGGAAAUUCCAAUCUUCUGGCAGAUGGGAAGGGGAAGGAUCAUCAUGAGGAGAACUGGAGUAGGCAGAAACGAUAUUCCUUGGUGUCCUUUCGUGAGCUACCGGACUACAUGAAGGACAACGAAUUCAUACUCAACUAUUACAGGGCUAACUGGCCUCUCAAGGAAGCUUUCCUCAGCAUCUUCCGUUGGCAUAAUGAAACGCUCAACAUUUGGACGCAUUUACUUGGUUUUAUUCUAUUUGUGGGACUGACAAUGGCGAAUUUGAUGGAAGUGCAACAAGUAGCAGAUCUACUUAGCUUUAUUACCAGGUCAUUUCCUGUUAGCUCAAAUUCAAAUGUUUCUCACAAUCCUGAAGAAUUCUUUGUGGGAGCAACAGAUCAGAUUGAGUUGAAGGGAAUAACAACCCCAGAAAUGGACAUCACGCCGCCUUUGACCUCCGUAACACGGUGGCCUUUUUUUGUGUUCUUAAGCGGUUCUAUGUUCUGCCUCUUGUCAAGCAGCAUCUGCCACCUCUUCUCCUGCCAUUCCCACCACCUCAACCUCCUCCUCCUAAGAAUAGACUACACUGGCAUCACCAUCAUGAUCAUAACAUCGUUUUUCCCUCCAAUUUACUACAUCUUCCAAUGCGAGCCCCACUGGCAUUUCGUCUACCUCGGUGGGAUCACCGGGAUGGGAAUUUUCACGGUGGUGACGCUGCUGUCACCGGCCCUGUCAAGUGGAAAAUUCCGGGCAUUCCGAGCAAUGCUUUUCUGUUCCAUGGGUUUCUUUGGUAUUGUCCCUGCAGUCCAUUCCACAAUUGUGAACUGGAGUAAUCCCCGACGAAACAUUACGCUGGCAUAUGAAUCCGCGAUGGCUCUGUUCUAUUUAACGGGAACGGGGUUUUAUGUUAGCCGGAUUCCGGAGAGGUGGAAGCCGGGGCGGUUCGACUUAGCCGGACAUAGCCACCAAAUAUUUCAUGUUCUGGUGGUGAUGGGUGCAUUGGCUCACUACGGUGCUACUCUUGUGUUUCUGGAGUGGCGCGAUCGUCAUGGGUGUUAAAAGGGAAAAUUCUAACACAAAGUAUAACGUACUUGAAUUAAUGAACUAUAUAUGUGAAGCUUAGUAGCUGUUGAGGAUUAAAAUUCAUUUGUUGGGGGUUCUUAAUUUCUUCCUCCUCCUUUUUUUUAGAUUUUUAAAGUGGGCUCUCAAUUGGGGUCAAUAUUUUCUUUUGAUGGUGGAUAUGUAUUUGAAUGAAUUAUAUAUGUAUCCUAGUAUCUGUUUGGAUUAAAAUUCAUUUGUUGGGAAUAUGAAAAAAAAAAAAAUUCAUUU